AUGAGCAGUCAGCCGAUGCGUUACACUGAAUUGCCUACUCUCCUGGUUCGCAUCGAGGCGUGUCUAAAUUCAAGACCACUGAUAGCUCUCGACGAUGAUCCAGAAGGGGUAGCUCUAACACCGGGUGUCUUUCUGAUCGGACGACCACUCAAUUGUCGUCCAGAUCUUCCAUUGCCUGAAGCUCCAGAAAAUCGUCUUCGAUAUUGGCAACGCCUCCAGAAAAUGUUGGAGCAUUUUUGGCACCGCUGGCAAUCUGAAUAUCUAAAUACUCUUCAGACACGGAACAAAUGGACUAGAUCGGAACCCAAUGUUCAGCGUAGAGAUGUAGUUCUUAUACGUGGUGAAAAUUUGCCACCAUCGAUUUGGCGUAUGGGWCGGGUGAUUGACGUUCACCAGGGCAGUGAUGGCCUGGUGCGUACCGUGACCAUAGAGUACAAUACCAACCAGACAUCAUCAAAUGGCCUUCCUAUUAAGCAGCGGUGUCAGCGACCGGUGCAGAAGAUAUGCCGCCUAACAGGUCCUACGGAAGAAUUACUGAAUGUUCAAUAUUUAAGUUGUGUAGAAUGA